AACUGGUAAAUCCGUCUCCAUUCUCCUUCAGUUAACGAAGCCAAGCUAGUGAGAGAGACGAUCGUCUGAUGGGAGAUAACAACGGAAUGAUGGGGCUUUGGUUCAGGUUUAAUGCACUUGUAUUAGCGAUUGCCAUACUCUCAACUCCUGUAUUCUCCGAUCUAAUAAUAUCCAAGGUCGAUCGACGUAUUGAUUUGACUUCACAAAUUGUACGAGUUGCUUCAACCCUAAAGGUAGAGAAUGCUGGUCCUGGUUUGGUUUCAGAGUUUUUGCUGGCCUUUCCUGAGGUUCAGGCAAAAAAUUUGGCAUAUUUGAUGGCAUCAACUACUGAAGGAAAAGGGAAAAUGAAAAACUCUGGUAUUCCUCUUUCUGUUGAAGUUGCCAAUCCGAAAGCAAUGCCUCCUGGAUUGAAUUUUUAUUCUGUAUUACUGCCUAAGGCACUAGGCGAGGGGGAUACAUUGACUUUGGAUGUCUUGGCAGUAUUUACCCAUGCAUUGAAGCCCUUUCCUGAGAAAAUUACCCAGGCUGAUAUUCAGUUGGUAUUGUUCCAAGAUAGUGCAUACUAUCUUUCUCCUUAUGCAGUAAAGUUUCAGUCACUCAGUGUUAAACUACCUGGGGCUAGAAUAGAGUCUUAUUCAAAAAUUGAGAAUACAAAGUUGCAUGGCUCAGAGAUCAAAUAUGGUCCAUAUGAAAAUCUCCCGCCUUUCUCAUACUCACCUGUAGUUGUGCAUUUUGAAGCCAAUCAACCAUUCACUGUUGCUCAGGAGUUGGUACGAGAAAUAGAAGUUUCUCACUGGGGCAAUGUACAGGUCACAGAACAUUACAAUAUUGUCCAUGAAGGGGCUAAAAGCAAGGGUGAAUUUUCCAGGCUUGACUACCAGGCCAGAGCAACUAUGGGAGGUGCAUCAGCCAUAAAACAUCUAGUUGCAAAAUUGCCUCCGAGAGCUCAUUCCAUUUAUUAUAGGGAUGAAAUUGGGAAUAUAUCAACAUCUCAUUUGUUUUCUGAUUCCAAAAAGAUAGAGCUAUUGAUUGAACCUAGAUAUCCUAUGUUUGGUGGUUGGAGAACAACUUUUACUAUUGGAUACAGUUUGCCACUUCAGGACUUUUUGUUUGAGGCAGAGGGAAAACGUUUCCUGAACAUCUCUUUUGCUUCCCCCAUUAAUGAGCUGGUCAUUGAUAAUCUCAUUGUGAAGGUUGUUUUACCUGAGGGGUCUACAGAUUUAUCUGUUUCUACCCCAUUUCCCGUAAAGCAACAGCAAGAGACCAAAAUUUCCCACUUGGACAUUGUUGGUAGGCCAGUAGUAGUGCUUGAAAAGGUCAAUGUUGUUCCAGAGCAUAAUCAAUACUUUCAGGUCUAUUACAGGUUCAACAAACUCUUGAUGCUUCAAGAGCCAUUUAUGUUGAUUUCUGGAUUUUUCCUCUUUUUUGUUGCUUGCAUUGUAUAUGUUCAUGUUGACUUGUCAAUCUCCAAGUCUUCUGCUUCUUAUUUGGCAAAACUGCAGUGGGAUGAGGUGCGAGCAACAGUUCAGCAGGUUGAGAGUAUCAUUAACCAAUGUCUAGCAACACAUGAGAAGCUAGAAGCAUCAUUACGUGAUCUUUCUAGGAUAGGUGAUGUCCAAGCUUGUAAAACUGCUCGUAAGACAGCUGAUGUUUCGUUGAAAGAGCAUUCGAAAGAGCUCAAGCCAUUAUUAGCAUUCUUGCAAUCUUCUCCUACAGCUGCUCAUAUAUUGCCCAAGGUAGAGGAGCUGGUGGCUAAGGAGAGAGAAUUACAAGAGAGGUUGAUGGCAAAACAUUCAACAGUAGUGGACUGCUAUGAGAAGAAACUGGGGGGGCGGGACAUUGAGAAUAGGGUUGCCCCACUCCAGCAGAAAGUUGUAGCCUUGAGGCAGGAGGUUGAAGAUCUUCUAGACUACAUCAAUGAGAUAUAAAUUAAAAUGAGUGAAGUGGCUGAGUUUCAAGAUAAGAAUUUUGGUUUUUAUGUUGAGUUAAUAUUUGACUUGCUAACUGCAAUUUCCUGUGGUUAUUGCAUGAUAGAUUGGCAUUUUGUAGUUCAGUUGAGGAGAAUAGAGCUUAAUUAGGGCCAAAAACAAACUGUGAUACGGUGAAAAAAUGGCUUGUGAACGAGCUCCUUAAUGCCUAUUUGUGAAAUGAGAAGAAAGGAUUUUGUUUUAUAACGGUUAUGAUAUUUGUUUCGAAUAAAGCCGCUUGGUUUGAAA